UAUUUUAAACGGAUUUCUCGGUUUUUCUGCUCGGUUGUCCCCGAGUCCCCGGAACAUUCAUGGCGGCUUCGCAGUGAGGCUUCCUGGGGGACCGACUUCGAUCCUUCCCGCUGCGACCCGAUAGCAGCUCCUGGUUCUAGUAAUCGGGUCGGUUCGGCCGGGGGAACCGCAGAUGGUGUGUUUCCAGAACCUUUCAACAGCAUUCCAGGUCAUUUCAGACCGUUUCUGCGGUUUUCUGUUGCAAGAGGAUUAUCGGCUGCACAUGUCGGAACCAGCGGUUCUGCGGAGAUUAAACCACAGAAACGGUUUAAUCUCCGCAGUUUGGCCGCUUUUACUCCUAAUUUAGACAGAUUCCCGUGCGCCUUCCAGCGAAAGCUACGUGCUGACUCCUGCCGGAGGAGGAACGCCAUUACCGGGGCAGCUGCAGCCAGGCGGCCCGCUCAGUCCGCGGGGCCCCGGGCAGGCUCCUGAAGGGCGGCCCCUGAUGGCCCCCAGAGCUCGGUGGAGACCCGGACCCGUCAGCACAGCAGGUCCCGGUUCAACAGAAAACCCCACAUGGUUUCUCGAAACAGAACCAGAGCCGGUCCGGUUCAGUGGAGCUCCCAGCUGCUGCUGCUGCUGCAUCAGCCAGACCACUGCUGCUCAGUCCUGCCCCCUACCGGCCAGCGGAGGAGGAGGCAGCACCACCUCCUCCAGGAGUCCUGACCCGACCCAAAGGGAGGUUCUGGAGGGUUCUUUGGUGAAACUAUGCUCAUCUAAAAGUUUGAAGGACAGAUGGGUGUGUGUGUGUGAUUGCAGAGCCUCCGUCACGAUGAACGGCAGCAGCAGCAUCUCUGCGGCUCAGAGGAUCAAGGCUGAAACAGACGCGUGGAGCCAGGAGGACUGCCUGACGCUGCUGGAGCGGCUCCGCGGUCUGCUGCCCGACGGAGACGCCAUGAAGUACAAAACCACCGAGUCGCACUUCGACUGGGACAAGGUCGGCUUCGGCCGCUUCACCGGGGACAUGUGCCGCCAGAAGUGGCAGAAGGUCUCCUCCGAGGUCCGGAAGUACCGGACCAUGACGGAGCUCAUUGUGGACGCCAUUGAGUUUGUCAAGAACCCGUACAAAGGCAAGAAGCUGAAGACCCACCCGGACUUCCCCAAGAAGCCGCUGACUCCCUACUUCCGCUUCUUCAUGGAGAAACGGGCCAAAUACGCCAAGAUCCAUCCGGAGAUGAGCAACCUGGACCUCACCAAGAUCCUGUCCAAGAAGUACAAGGAGCUGCCAGAUAAGAAGAAGCAAAAGUACAUCACAGAGUUCCAGCGGGAGAAGGAGGAGUUUGAGAAGAACAUGGCCCGGUUCAGGGAGGAGCAUCCGGACCUGAUGGAGGAGAGGAAGAAGUCGGACCUGCCGGAGAAACCCAAGACGCCCCAGCAGCUGUGGUACAACCACGAGAAGAAGGCCUACAUGAAGCUGCACCCAGAGGUGAGUCAGAAGGAGCUGAAGGAGGCGCUGAGGAGGCAGUGGUCCCAGCUGUCCGACAAGCGCAGGCUGAAGUGGAUCAGCAAGGCGCUGGAGCUGCAGAAGGACUAUGAGGACAGCAUGAGGGCGUACCACGAGGCCCACCCAGACUCCAACUCAGAGGAACACGUCCGCUCUGUCCUCACCAAGGCCGAGAGACAGCUGAAGGACAAGUUCGAUGGACGGCCCACCAAGCCGCCGCCGAACGGUUACUCCCUGUACUGCGCUGAGCUGAUGGUCAACAUGAAGGACGUGCCGAGCACCGAGCGCAUGGUGCUGUGCAGCAAGCAGUGGAAGAUGCUGACCCAGAAGGAGAAGGACAUGUUCCAGAAGCGCUGCGAGCAGAAAAAGAAGCAGUACGACGUGGACCUGCAGCGCUUCCUGGAGAGCCUUCCUGAGGAGGAGCGGGACCGAGUCCUGACAGAGGAGAAAAUGGGCGGAGCCAAGCUGAAUGUGGGCGUGGUUCCCAGCCCUCUCAGAGCCAAGUCUCCAUCGGUCAAGGAGCGCGGCCGGGAGGCGGAGCCAGAGGCGUGGCCAGCAGCCGCAGGCGGAGCCUCAGCGCCCAGAGAGCGACGGGACGCCAGGAAGACAGCGAAGCUUCCAGAGACGCCGAAAACCGCCGAGGAGACGUGGCAGCACAGCGUGACAGGAGAUUACCUGGCCAAGUACCGGAGUGACCGCAGGAAGGCGCAGGCGGCGAUGGAGGCGGCUUGGCGCUCCAUGGAGAAAAAGGAGAAAAUUCCCUGGAUCAAGAAAGCAGCAGAGGACCAGAAACGUUACGAGGUUCGGUACCCUCCUGACCCCUGACCCCUGCGUCCUGAUUGGCUGCAGUGUGCGCUAACUGCUGCUGUCCUCUAGAGGGAGCUGUUGGAGAUGAGAGCGCCCCCUGUCGGCCAGAGGAAGCCCAAGUUCGAUGGGGAGCCGAAGAAGCCUCCAGUGAGCGGCUACCAGAUGUUCUCCCAGGAGCUGCUGACGAACGGAGAGCUGAACCACUUCAGUCUGAAGGAGCGCAUGGUGGAGAUCGGCAAGCGCUGGCAGAAGCUCAGCCAGGCGCAGAAGGACAAGUACAAGAAGCAGGUGGAGGAGCAGCAGGUGGAGUACAAGGCCCACCUGGAGGCCUGGGUCAAGUCGCUGUCCCCACAGGACCGCGCCGUCUACAAGGAGUUCUCCUCCUCGAAACGUCGCAGCAGCUCCUCCAAAGCCACCGCCAGCCCCGUGGCCAAGGUCCGGGUGACGGCGAAGGGGAAGGUGGGCGGAGCCAGGGCUGUGACCCCAGGGGUCACCGUGGGGAAGAGGGCCAUGGCAUAUCGCGCCAAGCAGGACAUGUCUGACUCCGAUGAGGAGGAGGAGAAGAGCGGUUCCUCAGACUCUGAUGAAGACGAUGAGACAUCAGGAAGUUCAGACAGCGAGGAUGAAGAUGAGAACGAUGACGAUGAAGAGGAGGAUGACGACCAAUCUUCCUCGGAGGAAUCCAGCGAGUUGGACUCAGAUUAGCCCUGCCCACUCAUUGAAGAGGACAGGCUGUGCAGGCCACGCCUCCUCCUCUGCCAGUCAUCCAAGCAGACCAAUGCGAGGCAGCGCCGUUGGAAGUGGGCGGAGCCUGUUACAAGCGUUUCAGUUUAUAUUUACUUGGUUUUUAUCUGACAGACAUUUCAGGAUGAUGGCUUCCUGUUUGUUCUUCUGGGUGGGCGGGGUUUGUACAUGAUGACAUGCAGGAGGCGGAGUCAGUGUUGGACCUCCAAUCAGCCGGAGGCCGAGAGAAACUCAAUAAAUGCACUUUUUCCAAA